CUCUCUCUCUCUCUCUCUCCCCCUCACAGAGUACAGAAUACAGACAGUGAUCAGAUUAUCUCACAGGAAAGCAUAUCAGUUUUUAACAGUUCUGCAGUUGUCAUAUAUACUCACGACGUCGGUUAGUGGGGGAUGCAGAUGUACUACAGCUAGCUGGUUAAUUUUUAGUUGAAGGCUGAGAAAUGGAGGCAGGAGCGUAUGAGUUUGCAAAGAACUUGGCCCGCGAGCAUGCGCAGGUGAUACCAGUCUCACUCUUUGUGGCGGUUCUCUGCCUUUGCUUAGUCAUCGGCCACUUGUUCGAAGAAAAUCGAUGGGUUAACGAAUCCAUCACCGCCAUUAUCAUCGGAUGCAUAACUGGAACUAUAAUCUUGCUUGUGAGCAAAGGAAAGAGUUCUCACAUCCUGCGAUUUAAUGAAGAGUUGUUCUUUAUAUAUCUCCUCCCACCAAUUAUAUUCAAUGCUGGAUUCCAGGUCAAGAAGAAAAAGUUUUUUCAGAACUUCUUAACCAUCAUGAUGUUUGGGGUGAUUGGUGUUUUCAUUUCAGUAUUCAUCAUAACAGUUGGAGCCCGGUGGCUGUUCCCGAAGUUGGGGUUUGGUGGCCUGAAUGUGCGAGACUAUCUCGCUGUCGGAACAAUUUUUUCGUCAACUGAUACAGUGUGUACGCUGCAGAUUCUUCAUCAAGACGAAACUCCUUUACUAUACAGCCUAGUCUUUGGGGAAGGAGUGGUAAAUGAUGCAACCUCAGUUGUCCUGUUCAAUGCAAUUCAAAAGAUUGAUGUUAGUAAGCUUAAUGGCACGACUGGACUUCGCGUCAUUGGAGAUUUUCUGUACUUAUUCUUUACAAGCACUGCUCUCGGAAUUGCAUUUGGACUUGUGGCAGCAUAUGCCCUUAAAGCCUUAUGCUUCGGAAGACAUUCAAGCAUCCGCGAGAUUUCCUUGGUGGUUCUAAUGGCUUAUCUGUCUUACAUGGUGGCUGAGCUGUUCGACCUGAGUGGAAUUCUCACUGUUUUCUUCUGUGGGAUUCUCAUGUCACACUACGCAUGGCAUAACAUCACUGAAAGUUCAAGAAUCACAACCAGGCAUGUAUUUGCGAUGAUGUCAUUUAUAGCAGAAACAUUCAUAUUUCUUUAUGUGGGGAUGGAUGCUCUUGACAUCGAGAAGUGGAAGUUAACUGAAUUAAGUUUAGGGUCUUCGUUGGGCAUCUAUAGUACGAUACUCAUGUUAAUAUUGAUUGGACGUGCUGCGUUUGUAUUCCCUCUGUCAGCAGUCUCCAAUUACAUGAAUAGACGGGCUGAGAGAUCAUCGUCAAUUUCAUUCAAGAACCAGGUAAUCAUAUGGUGGGCUGGGUUGAUGAGAGGAGCAGUCUCUAUUGCUCUGGCUUUUAAACAGUUCACAUAUUCUGGUGUCACAUUGGAUCCCAUCAAUGCCACGAUGAUUACUAACACCAUAAUUGUCGUCCUCUUCAGUACACUGGUGUUUGGCUUUCUGACGAAGCCGCUUAUAACUUAUUUGCUUCCGCACGCUGCAACUAGCAACAUUCAGCGUAAAGAGUCAAAGGACAUAUCGGAUGACCUGAAUCUGCCUCUGCUCUCCUUUGAAGAAUCGGCUUCCACGAAUAUCAGUCGUGCAAAGGACAAUUUAUCCAUGUUGAUGGAAAGUCCGGUACACACCAUACACUCUUACUGGAGGAGGUUCGAUGAUGCCUAUAUGAGACCAAUGUUCGGAGGACCAAUUCGCAAUCACUCCGCAUGUUAAAAUGAAAGCCUGCGGUUUAAGUUUGUCAGAGCCUUGCGAUCAAAGCACACGCUCACGAAACACAGCCGUGCCCGGUUGCUACAAGUAGGUACAUUAACUUUGAGGAUGCUUAUUUUGUAGAAUAGUAUAAGCAAAACAUCAGCGUUAUUUGCCGGAAUAGGAGUUUGAGGGGUUCAAUGUUACUUUAGUUACAGGGCGGAAUGAAUCGUCUCGUCGAGGCUGCGGAAUAAAUUCGUGGGAUAACGUAACGCUAUGUGUAUAUUGAGGUAGUAACCAAACUUUUUUCA